GAAUCUGUAUGUGUAACAGAAGUUCAUAAAGAUGGUGCUGCUUAUAAAGAUGGCCGUUUGAAGGAAGGUGACGUUUUACUUGUUGUUAACGAAGUAUCGUUACAAGAUCUUCCAUUCUCUGAAGCGAUCAGAGCUCUCCGAGAGGCAGUGUCUCCUGUCAAAUUAAUGGUCCUCCGCGAAAACCCCCAAAAACUAUUUACAACGAAUGAAAUUCCGACAAAGUUCAUCACCGUUGAGUUGCGGAAAACCAGUAUAAAGGAACAUCUCGGACUCAGCUUUAUCCAGAGAAUCAACGGACGUGGUGUAUUCAUUACAUACGUGGAACCAGGAAGUAAAGCGGCCCACCAAAAUCGUAAAAUUUUACAGGGAGAUCAGAUUCUUGAGAUUAAUGGACACAACGUAAGGGAAUGCAAUCAAAAAGAUGUGGCAAAAAUGUUACUGAACAUGGACGGAGCGAUCGUCUUUCUUCUUGGUCGAAUUCCAUCACUGACGUCAUCCAUACAGGAAUGGACCAGAGCCAAGCUCCGCUCCAGGACAUCCACGUGGUCGUCGUACUCUGCAGCAGCUAGGGAGAAACUACAGAACCCGAGACCGAGUUUGCCCAUUGGUCAUCAAGGAACCAACCUAGGAUUUCCUAGCAGCGCCAUCUGUUUAGACCGAACCUGCUCUUCACACGAAACCAGUCCAAAUUCCAGCCUUCGUAAAUCUCGACUUAGUGUAGUGGCAGAAGGUUUGACGGUAAUGGAAAACACUGAAGAAGAAGGAUUGAAUGUUAUCAUUUGGAAGGAUGUAACAACAAUGGAUCAGAAAACCCUCUUUUACCUCGCAUCAGAGUUACUAGAUUUUAACCACUUACCCGAUUUUCAGGCGGGAGUAACAACAAGAAAGUACAUAUCUAAAUUUCUAGUACUUUUUUACAAAAAACAACUGGACCUCCAGUUGUAA